AGAUUCGCGUUCAUUUCCUUGAUAUUAUCAAUUUGCACUCGAGAGCAAUGUCCACUGAAUUGAGCUGACAAGAUAUCUGUAAAAUGGAGCCGUAAACGCUAUAAACUUGAUGGUUUUGAGGCAGGCUCAUGAACAGUGGACACAAUUUUAAGUGGACUUUCCACACUCACCACACAAUGUUAAUAUUAAGCUAGCUAAUCAUCUUCUAGCUUAAAAAUGGAAAAUUUUACCGAUAUAUUCGGCGAGGAGCUGAAUCUGGAAGACCUCGGUAAUCUGGGAAAUUUUGGUGCUGGUCCUGGAGAGCUGGAUGCCAGCGGACAGGCACAGCAGCCCCAAGUUCAAAUGGAUCAGGGAUUGAUGGGACACAACACCGAGUCCGCCCAGUACAAUCAGCACUACCAGCAGCUGAACCAGAAGAUGCCGGGGUACAGUGACUACACAUACAGACCUGGAGCUCCAUCACAGUAUGGUUAUGCUAAUGGCCCUGGUCGUGGGCCUCCUGGUUACCCCCCUAACCCAGGAGGCAGACAAGGAUACACAGCUCCAUCUGUACCUCAAGGUAUGAUGGGAGGACCUACAAGUGCAACGCAAAAUUAUCCAGGCUAUCCCCCAAGUCAGGGUAAUAUGAGUUGGCAGCAGAGUGCUCAGAAUAUGCAGAUGGGUAAUCCUAGGAUGUAUGGUCAACCUGGUUAUCCACCAGGUGGCCCAGGUUUACCCGGACACUAUCCAGGGUAUGAUCCUAGAACAUCGUCCAGUUCUCACCAAAACUAUAGACAAGGUUACCCACAGUAUCCGCCAGGAUCUUCACAGAACAUUCCACAAGGAUAUCCUGGACAGGCUGGUAUGCCUGGAUAUCAUCCCUCCGGACAAAUGAAACCUGGAUAUUCAUCAAGUUCCCCUCACCCCAGUUUAUCUAAUCCUUACCAACAAGGAUCCCCACAGUCAAUUCCCCAGACAAGUCAGUAUCCCGGAGGCCAGUAUAGAAUGCCUGGUCAAGGUCCAGGCCAAUAUCCUGGUGGUAUGCCAGGUUCUCAGCUAGCUGGAGUUAAUCCAAAUGCUGGAAGAUCUCCAAGUCAGCAGUCCUCUGUUCAAGCCAGUCAGUCUGGUGGGCUACAUACACAGAGUAUGCCAACUUCAUCACAAGCUUCCCAGCUUAAUCAAAGUGGACAUGGUGUUCCUGGGAUGCCUUCAAUGAACCAACAAAUGGUACCAGGAUCCCAAGGCAUGGGACCUGGAUCCCAACCUAUGCCAUCUGCCAGCAUGGGACAAAGACCUAUGCCAGGAAGUCAAGGUUCAGGACUUCCCCCUGGUAGCCCUCAAAUAAUGGGUAAAGGAAGUGCUAGCAUGUCAAUGAUGGCAGGAGGCCCUGGUAUGCCCCAGAGCAUGCAGAACAGUACUAAUAUUCCCCCUGGAGUUCCUCAGCUCCCACCUGGAAUGAUGUCGAACAUGCCGCAAACUUCUAGUAGUCAAGGAGCCAAUCCAUCACCUGGAACCGGAGGGAGCAGUCCCAUGUACCGUUCUCCUUUUCCACCACAACCAUCUCCUCAGAUGUCUCCACACAGCCAGGCCAGUCCAAUGCCUCAAAGAUCUCCUUUACCCCCCUCAACAAACUCUCCUGCUCCCCACACUUUAAGUCCAGUAUCAUCACCUGCACCACCUAGGACACCUAACAGUUUGCCAGGUAGGAUGACUCCUACGGGAAAUCCUCCAACCCCUGGACAAUCUUCUAUUAACAGUUUACAGCAAUUAGAACAAAUGGUUAUGCCAGGAUCUAAGGUAGCAGAGAGCAGUCAACAGCACAGAGGCUCACCUCAUUCUCAAGGAUUAGCACAGAGUAGUAGUCCUAUGGCAGGAAAGACUCCCUCUUCUCCUUCCACUAGAGGAGCAGGUACUCCACUGUCCCCCCAACAGUGGCAGUCAAGACCCUCAUCCCAACCUGGAAACAUGAAUCAUCCUCAUCAAUCAUCAAAUCAUUCUCAGCUUCCAAGCCAUCCUCAGUCCUCUCAUCACCCUCAAGCACCAGGCUAUCCCCAAUCUGGUCAUCCUCAUGCUUUAAACCAUCCUCAAGCAUCUGGUCAUCCACAAGCUCUCACCCAUCCUCAGACCCCAAUUCAUUCUCAGUCCUCAAUUCAUUCUCAACCUUCAACCCAUCCUCAAAACUCAACCCAUCCUUUGGGACCUGGACAUCCACCAGCUCCCCCUCAAUCAAAUAUGAACCAGUUACCAUCACAUGGAUCCCAAGGACCCAAUGUUCAACAAAUAUAUCCCCAUCAAGGAUUUCAGCAGCAUCCGGGUAUGCCAAGGAGUAUGCACCCUGGCAAGCCAAUGGAUAUGAUGAGAAUGCAGCACAGGGCUUCUGGAUAUCCUGGAAUGAAGGAAAGUUCGAACACCAAACCCAGUGCAAAGGCUGGGGAGGAUCAAAAAGGAAAUGAACCUGGAAGAAGUAUGGAAGGUUCUGGAAAUGGACAAAAUAGCAUACCUGGGAUGAAUAAUCAUGAUGUUAACCAGGGGAUGACAGGGAAACUUGAAGGUUUGUCACAAUAUCCAGAAAUGGGACAAUAUCCUAACCAUCCUGGUUAUCCAGGUCAGCAUGGAAAUCAGGGACAUCCAGGACAGUAUGAUUUUCCCGGGAUGCAAAAUAAACCAGACAGUUUAGACACAUCUGAAGAAACCUUGAGGCACCGACAACCAAGUAAUGAGAUGAUAUCCUCAGCCCCUACAUCUACUGUGAAACCUGGGUUUCCAGACAUGAAGACGAACUCUUUCCCACCUGGCAAUACACAAUUAUCAGACCCUUCUCCAUCUACAAAUAUUACAACAAAUAAGUCUGACACUGCAAAACAACCUUGUAGCCCACUCAACACAUCCAUUGAUGCUGAGCACCAGGAUCAAGUUAGUCAAUCUGUUGACGAGUGUCAUGAACCUACUCAGAGUGAUAGUAUUCCUCAAAGCAGUACUGAGACAGCAGUUCCUACUUCUACAUCAGAUGAUACUGACAUCAAACCUGACUCUGAAGAUGAAGAAUCUGAUGAAGCUGAACCUGACACUACAGAGAAACCGGCAAUAUCUGAUGGGUCAGCCCCCUCAACCUCCACAGUUGGAAUGCAACAAGGACAACAAGGUAUUCGUCCUGGCAUAAAUAUGGGACCAAUGGACCCUAGAAUGAUGAUGGGUGCUAAUGGUCCGAUGCAUCCAGGCAUGCAUCCUGGCAUGCAUGGGACAUUUCCUCACGGAUAUGGACCUGGAAUGCCUGGCCCUGACGGAGUUAGACCAAGAAUGAUGAUGGGACCUAAUGGACCAGUUCCUAUGGGACCCGGAGGUCCUCACCUCACUGAAGGUCCUAGACCACCUGUAAGUUCUGGGUCCACUGGAGAAGAAAUGCCUAAAGGGGGACAGGGAGGAACAAUAGGAUCUGAGAGUUUAAAGGGUCCUUCAGAAAACAUGAGCUCUGCUGGAUCAUCUAAAGUUGGGGGUCCUACGGGUCCUCAUAUGUCCAUGAUGGUUCCUUCUGGAGGUCUUAUGGGUUCCGUAGGUUUAAUGGGUCCUGCAGGUCAGAUGGGACCUGGUCAAAAAGGUCCAGCUGGAGCAAUGGGUCCAAUGGGUCCAGGAGGACCAAUGGGCACGGGAGGUCCUAUGGGUCCAGGAGGUCCCAUGGGUCCAGGAGGUCCCAUGGGUCCAGGAAGUCCCAUGGGUCCAGGAGGUUCAAUGGGCCCAGGAAAUACCACAGGUCCAGGAGGACCAAUGGGUCCGGGAGGCCCGAGGGGUCCAAUGGGACCUAUGGGAUUCUUGCCACCAAAUCAUCCGAUAAUGAUGGAGAUGCAGGCUUUGCAUCAGCACAUCCAACAGCUCUUUCAACAACCUCAGAGCCCAGCCAACUCGCAACAGAUGAACGAGCUACAAGGACGGAUGCACGUACUGCAAGCUCAGGUAGCACAGCAGGCAGGAUGGGGACCUCACCCUUCUCAGAUGGGACCAGGUGGACCAGGUGGUCCACCUCCAGGUCCACAUGGCCAACCAAUGCAGGAUCCGUACGCAGAGAACUUUGACGAGGAAAUGAUGGAUUUCCCUAAAAGAAUGCCUAAAAAACAAAGAGAGCCUAAAGAGAAAAAACCCAAGGCUGAAAAGGAUCUUGAACCUAAAGUUCCUAAGAAGCGCGGACCUAAACCUAAAGUAAAACUUGAUGAAUUCGGAGAACCAAUAGAUCCAAACAACACGGAAAAGAAACCGAAAAGACAAUACAACCGGAAGAAGAAACCUGAACCUGGUGCACUAUCCGAGGAGUUUAUGGAGAAGGUUGAGGUACCCCUAGACUCAUUCCUACCUCCUCAACUUCCGGUAGAGAACGGAGAUGUCGACGAAAUGUCACCUGGGCCCGACUCGGCCCCCUCGACCUCCGCCCCCUCAGCCUCCGAUCCUUCAACCUCCGCCUUGGCAACCUCUCCGCUUCCUAAAGAAGAAGAGGAGCCAGAGGAGAAGAAGAAAAUGCCGUCUCCGCCCAAGAUCAAAAUGCCGACACCGAAACGGCCAAAACUUAGCAAAACAUUACUUCAAUUCUCUAAGAAGAAUAAGAGGAAGAGAACUAACAGUGAAGGAUCUGAUCUAGAUCUAGAGAAAACUCCUCCACCCUCACCUACAGAGGACGAAUCAGGAUCAGAGAAGAGACGAUCUGGCAGAAAUACAAAAAGAAAAAAGUAUAUUGACGACGUUGAGUAUAACUUUGAUGAUGAUGCCCUGAAGAAUCUACCCAAGGAUGCGGCAAACCUGGCCAAAUCGGCGGCCAUGGACGAUAUUCUUGGUCCUGAUGAUUCUCGAGAUGGAGCAAGUUUAGAUAAUAGUCUCAUGGAGGGAGAAGUUCAGUCUGGUCCUAACUACGCUUUCGUGGACCCCACUGCCGAGGACACCAUGAUAGUCCAGUUCAUCCUGGCCAGCAGGAUGGGGACUAGAGAACUAGAGGACGAGGACGAAGAGAAGAACGAAAAGGUGAAAGUAAAGACUGAGGAUUCUAAACCUACUGAAACCAAAAUUGAAGAGUCUGAAGAAAUGAUGAAAACCGAAGAUAAAGAAGUAACCAAGUCUGAAGCAAAGAAAGAAGAAGAAGAGAAGGACGAGAAGGAAGAAAAGGAAGACGAAUCUAGAACAGAAAAUGAGGAUGAAGAGAAAGAUGAAAAAGAGGAGAAAUCCUCAGCAUCGUCGAAUGAUAAGAAUGUGCCAAAUGUUACCCCUGAAAAGCCUAAGAAACCUGUCAGAACUGUUAACCUGGAAGAAUUCCUGGUUAAGUUUAAGAACUUCUCCUACCUGCAUUGUCAGUGGUUGACGGAGCAGGAACUACUCCGCGGAGACAAGAGGAUUGUUGCCAAGAUUAAACGGUUCCAACAGAAGCGUCAGUCUAGCGGUAAUGUUCUUGAGUUCUGUGAGGAGGAACCCUUUAACCCUGAUUAUGUCGAAGUGGAUAGAGUUCUAGAUGCUUCGGAGCAUACAGACGAGGAAACUAAGGUAACAACUAAACACUACCUGGUAAAGUGGAGAUCCCUCCCCUACGAGGACUGCACCUGGGAGCUGGAGGCUGACGUGGACCCCAGCAAGAUUAAGGACUAUCUUCGCUGGAAGGAUCCUCCAGCCGAAGACUGGACGGAGAAGAAACGUCCUCGUAAAUCUGAAUGGAAAGAAUUGUCUGAAUCUCCGAAGUUCAACAAUAACAACACACUCCGGGAGUACCAACUCGAGGGGGUCAACUGGUUGAACUUUUCCUGGUAUAAUCAUAGGAACUGUCUCCUUGCGGACGAAAUGGGAUUGGGUAAGACGAUCCAAUCUUUAGCCUGGAUUCACUCCAUAUACAAGUAUGGGAUCAGAGGCCCCUUCCUUGUAAUUGCUCCGCUUUCAACAAUCCCUAAUUGGCAGAGGGAGUUCGAACUCUGGACAGAUCUCAAUGUGAUCGUGUAUCACGGGAGUCAGACGAGCAGGAACAUGAUCCAGGAGUACGAGAUGUACUACAAGAACGAGGACGGAGAGAGACAGGAAGGAGUGUUUAAAUUCCAUGUCCUGAUCACCACAUAUGAAUGUAUUAUCACUGAUAUUAUGGAUUUAAAGGAUAUACGGUGGCGGGCAUGCGUGAUAGAUGAGGCGCAUCGGUUGAAAAACCAGAAGUGCAAACUGUUGGACGGAUUAAAACUCUUGGAUCUAGAAGCCCGUCUUCUCCUCUCCGGAACCCCGCUUCAGAAUAACAUCAGCGAACUCUUUUCUCUCUUAUCCUUCCUGGAACCAGCUCAAUUCAGCUCCAUGACAGAGUUCAUGCGAGACUUCGGAGAUAUGCAGAACGAAGAUCAAGUUUGUAAACUCCAAGCUAUCCUGAAACCCCUGAUGUUACGACGGAUGAAGGAAGAUGUUGAGAAAUCAUUAAAACCCAAAGAGGAAACUAUUGUUGAGGUCGAACUUACAAAUAUUCAGAAAAAAUACUAUCGAGGAAUCCUGGAGAAGAACUUCACCUUCUUGAAGAGCGCCACCAACGCAAAUGUACCUAACCUCAUGAACACCAUGAUGGAGUUGAGAAAAUGUUGUAUCCAUCCCUACCUCAUGAACGGCGCCGAGGAGCAGAUACAGAGUGAUUACCGUCGGACGAAGAAUGACUAUACGGACGAGGAUGAUCUAUAUUACAAGGCUCUUGUUCAUGCCAGCGGAAAGAUGGUUCUCUUGGACAAACUUCUCCCCAAAUUAAAAUCCAACGGUAACCGUGUUCUAAUAUUCUCUCAAAUGGUGAAAAUGUUGGAUAUUCUCGAGGAUUAUCUCAUUCGACGGAAGUAUCCGUUCGAGCGAAUUGAUGGACGGAUUCGUGGUAACCUGCGUCAGGCGGCGAUAGACCGGUUUUGUAGACCUGACUCUGACCGGUUUGUAUUCCUGCUGUGCACAAAAGCCGGUGGAUUAGGAAUAAACCUGACGGCCGCCGAUACUUGCAUCAUAUAUGACAGCGACUGGAAUCCCCAGAACGAUCUACAGGCCCAGGCCCGUUGCCACAGGAUAGGACAGAAGAAGAUGGUAAAAAUUUACAGACUUGUGACGAAGAACACCUACGAGAGAGAGAUGUUGGACCGUGCCGGCCUCAAGCUAGGUCUGGACAAGGCCGUCCUGCAGAGCAUGAACACGAACCAGGGAGGACGGGACGCAAUAAGCGCCGGGAACUCGUUGAGUAAGCAGGAGGUGGAGACUCUGCUCAAGAAGGGAGCGUAUGGUGUGCUCAUGGAUGAUAAUAAUGAGGGAGAUAAAUUCUGCGAGGAAGACAUUGAGGAUAUAUUGUCUCGACGUGCUACAACUAUCACUCACGAGGAAGAGAAGGGGUCAACCUUCUCUAAAGCAACAUUCUCAACCUCAGAUUCAGCCACAGACAUAUCUAUCGACGAUCCCGACUUCUGGAAGAAGUGGGCCAAGAAGGCAGAGAUCGAGGAGAUCGAUGAGACGAUGAAGCUUAUGAUGGUUGAGCCCAGGAACCGGAGAAAGAUCGACAGGUUCGGAGGGAGUGGACAGGAGGGGUUGGGUCCAGCUGCUGUAUCCGAUCUGGAUACCAGUAGUGAUAGCGAUACGGAGAAACCUGCUGGAACCAGAUCAAGGGAGCAAAGGAUCAAGGAUAAAUGUAAGAGCAUAAAGACUGGAAGUAAGAGUAAACGAAGCCGGCGAUCAGUCUGGGAAGAGGACGAGGACUUCAUGGAGGACGAGAGGGAUAUCGAGUACGGAACAUGGAACAGGAAUGAUCUGUUCCGGCUGGAGAAGGGUGUCAUGGCGUUCGGUUGGGGUCGGUGGGAGGAAGUUCUUUCUCACGCACAGCUUAGAAAAGGGUGGACUAACAACGACGUUGAGGAUGCAGUACGCUUAUCUCUUCUGUACUGUCUGCAAACCUACCGAGGUGAUGAGAAUAUCAAAACAUUUAUCUGGGAGUUGAUAUCGCCAGGACGGGGAAACACCGUGUCCAAGAACCAUUCCGGCCUCUCCGCCCCUGUCCCUAGGGGGCGGAAGGGGAAGAAGCCGAAGAAGGAGGAUAAACCGGAUUGGGCGGAGUGGGCGAAUGAAGAGAAAUACGAACCAGAACUUUUCCUGGAUAAAAGUUACAGAAAGCAUCUAGAUAGAUACAACAACAAGCUUCUACUCCGAGUUCGUUUACUCUACUAUAUUCAACACGAGAUACUGGGAGAUUUUCUAGAAGAAAUCUCCAGUCCAGCAUCUCCAGCUGAAAAGGUUAUCAUCAAUAUCCCUGGGACGGAAGGGUUUGUAUCCGGAUGGUGGGAUACUAAUGCAGAUAAGAGUUUGCUCAUCGGAACCGUCCGACAUGGGUUCGAGAGAUACAACAUGAUGCGUCUUGACUCCGGACUUUGCUUCCUGUCUCGGUGCGGACCUCCAGACAAUGCUGCAGUACAGGCUGAGUUGGAUAACCUGAAUAAACCUAUAGAAGGAGGACUAGAUGACGAGGAUGAGGAUAGUUCUAGUGCUACUCCCUCCAGACCCAGCUCACAGCCUCCAUCAUCCAAACACGAGGACGAGGUCAAUGAUUCAGAGUUUCUUCCCUUUCCUGAUCAUUCCCUGCUCAACUCCAGGGUUAGAAAACUAGUCUCAGCUUUCCAGAGGGAGAGUAAGAAGGAGGAAGCCAGACUUGCUGCGAAGGAGAAGCGGGAAGAACGACGGGAAAGAAUAGAACAAGUGAUGAGAGAACGUGAAAAGCAGAAGGUUGACCAGCAGCAGCGUAAAUGGAGUAGACGCGAGGAAGGAAACUUUUUGAGAACUAUUCUUGCAUUCGGAGUAGACAAGAAGGAAAACAAAUACAAUUGGGACAGGUUCCGCCUAUUAUCCCGGUUGGAGGCUAAAUACGAGGAUACGAUGACAGAAUACUUCAUGGCCUUCCUCUCCAUGUGUAAGAAGGUUGCGGGGAUCCAGCUCUCAGAGGAAGAAGAAGGUGAAUUGUUGAGCGGAGCAGUCGAGGCUGUGACGGAGGACAGGGCAAGGAAGGUCCUAGAGAGCGUGGACUUCUUGUCGAGGCUGCGCGAGGACGUGGCUGGAUUAUCCGACCUGAGAUGUAGGUUGGAAAGUUUAGCUGAACCUGCUCUGGAUCUACCGGAAUGGUGGAUUCCUGGAAAACAUGAUACAGAUCUAGUCAUCGGAGCUGCCAGACAUGGCGUCUCUCGGAUGGAAUACUACGUCCUUAAUGAUAUAGAAUUGUCCUUCAAGGACGUCCUCAAACGUUCCCUCGGAGGUGAACCUCUUCAGGACAAGGAGGAGAUGGCUGAGUGGGAGAAGAAGAGAGGACGUCACUCCAACGGAAAUGGAAAUCAUGUUGAGAAAACUCGGAGGAACAGUGGAAAGAGUGAUAUUUCGGAGGAGGAGCAGGGGGAGAAAAAGGAAAAUGGAGACGCCUCCGAACAAAUGGAUGUUGAUAAUAAAUCCUUAAGUAAAGAGGACAAAGAGAAAGCUAGACUAGAAAAGGCUCGUGCAGUUGAAAAAGCCUCUAUCCUAGCUCCGCAGUUAAAUCUUCAACAGAUCGAAGCCGCGAUUGCCAAGGGCGGCGGUGUUGGUUACGAUCAAGAAAUGAUCAACGAUCUAAUGGCGCAAACAUACGCGGCCAGCGUUCGGUGGCCGAAGGACAAAGUUUUAAUGGUUCGGCUCCAGCAUAUAGUUCAAGCAAUAGAAGAGAAUAAGUGGCCGGUUCCGGAGAACUUUACUUUGCUAGAUCUGGCAGUAGAGAACGGGACGGAUACUCCGGAACCUACUCAGAACCCUAGAGAUACAGGCACUCCACUCAGUGAGAUUUCUGAAUUGUCUGCAUACGACGACGGAAACGUCCUAACACAUGGAGGCCUAGCAAAUAGAAAGAAACGUGGAAGACGACCCUUGGACUGCCCAGAUGAAAAAACUAAGUUCCGAGGGUUGGUUCAGAGCUCUACACUCUUGUCUGCCAGUAGCCUAGUAUCAAGUACCAAGGCCUCCACAGAUGACUCCAUGUCAGAUGCUAGCGGGUUUGCUGGUAUGGAUCUAAGCAGGACUGGAAUCACUAUCACUCCAGUUAACUUGGGGAAUCGGCCGGGCGUUGAGGUUCCCGCAGGCGAAGAUUCCAACCUAGACCAGAAAUCCUUGUCAAAAAGUUCUAAACUUGAAUCUACUCUUGAUAAACUGGGGCUGCAGAAACGAAAGUUGGCUGAUGCUCCUGCUGAUGAUAAAUCUAAGAAGAAGAAACGUCUGGAUGACCUGCUAUCAGGUUUACACGCCGGCAAGGGUAACUCUGUGCCGGAGAAGAAGGAGUCCCCCAUGGACUCCUUGUUCAGAAAGGCAACGGAGAGCGCCACAGAUUUAAAUAAACUGCAGGAGAUGCUUGGACCUCUUGGAGGAAAUCCGGGAGAUGCUAAGGUGCAGAAGUGGUUGGCGGAUCAAAUGGGAGUUACUCCUGAGCGUCCCAUUACUCCAGGUAGCUCAGCUACAGCCACCAGCAAUAAGAGGCCGGCCAGCACAUCCUCCUCAGCCGGAGGCUGGAUGGAGUGGAUGUCGAAGUUAUCCGGAGAUGAACAUGUGACAGUGUUUAACCGGUCUACAGGAAAGAAACUGUCUGGAACAUCUGGACCUAAGUUGAAAUAUUUAGCUCAGUGGUUGAUAGAGCAUCCUAUGUUCGAGGUCGACCCUAAGUGGGCUGAGGAAGUGAGACUGAAGGACGACGGGAAGAAGAAAGGUCGUCCUCCAAUGGACGAUUCUCCGUUGGCCAAGAAGGUUUCUUCCCCUGGCGUUGGGCCUUCAUACAACAGUAUGGCAAGCCUAGGCCUGGAUCCCAAGAAUCCAAUGUCAGCCCUGGCUGCACUUGAUCCCAAGAAUCCCAAUUCUCUUGCAGCACUCUAUGGAUUGGACCCGAAGAAAUUGGAUCCAAUGACAGCUGCCAUGCUUGGUUUGGGGGAUCCCAAGAACCCAAUGAAGAUGGAUCCUAUGAUGAUGGCUGCCCUUUCUAUGGAUCCCAAAACUUUACAGGCUUUGGGAAUAGAUCCCAAGAAACUGACUUCAAUGGCGAGUCCGGCCUCAAGUAAAUCAGCUGAACCUAAAGCUAAACAACAACCCUCUAAUAAUCCCUCAGGAUUAGAUCCAAUGCUUUUGGCUGCAUUUGGCAUGGACCCUAAGAAUCCUAAACUUGAUCCAGUUACAGCCGCUGCUCUUGGGUUGGACCCUAAGAACCCUAAAUUUGAUCCAAUGGUCCUGGCUAGUCUUGGAUUGGACCCAAAGAAUCCCAACUCUACCCUAUUAGCGGCUAUGGCUGCUAUGGACCCAAACAACCAGCUGGCGGCUAUGUAUGGAUUGAUGCCUCCUGGGUUUCCAAUGGCUGGGAUGGAUAUGUACGGUAAAGGAGGAAAACAUUCUCCUCAGACAAAGGAUAAACAAUCUCCGCACCCAGCACCAUCUCCUAGAUCUAACAAUCAUCGUGAAGGACCUUCUCCUCGUCCUCCAUCCAGAGCAAGUCAAGGAUCACGGGACGGAGGAAGAUCUACUCCGUCUAGAUCCCAUCAAACCUCAUCCUACUCUCAGUCCUCUCCUCGCACAUCAUCUUCCAAUUCAAUGGCUGCCAUGUUCGGAGGAAUGAAUCCCUCCAUGUUUGGUCUUGAUCCCAAAAUGCUUGCACAAAUGGAUCCGAAGAUGCUCCAGGCUGCAGGUAUUGAUCCCAAAAUGUUGGCACAAAUGGAUCCUAAAAUGAUGGCUAUGAUGGAUCCAAGAAUGGCCUCAAUGACUGGAAUGGAUCUAAAAGCCCUUUCACAAAUGGAUCCACAGCUUCUCCAAUCUGCAGGAAUUGAUCCUAAAAUGCUCCAGCAGAUGAUCGAUCCGAAAACCUCCAUGUCCGGAUUUGAUCCGAAAAUGUUUGGAAUGGAUCCCAAAACCUCAAUGGGUGGCAUAGAUCCAAAGAUGCUAGGUAUUGAUCCCAAAAUGUUGGCUGGAAUGGAUCCCAAAAUGUUGCAAAGUAUGGGCAUUGACCUAAAAAUGUUUGGAUUGGACAUGAAAAGCCUACAACAAGGAAUUCCCAAGUCCUUGAUGGGAAUGGAUCCAAAACUACUAUCCGAUCCCAAAUUCUUGGCAAGUCUGGAUCCCAAGAUGCUGCUUGGUGGAUUAGAUCCAAAAAUGUUUGGUUUGGAUCCCAAAAUGUUCGGAAUGUCCUCAUCUGGCUCUUCCAGUUCUAGUCCCAGCAGAGUUCAUACCAGCUCUCAUCACUCCAGCACUGUUCCAACCAGCGCUACUUCCACACAGAUGUCCGUUCCAACCUCGUUCAGCGGACUCAUGGACCCUAGACUCCUAGGUCUGGAUCCUAAGAUGCUCCAGGGUCUGGAUGAGAAGGCUUUAAAGAGCUUGGGUUUGGAUCCUAACAUUGUGAAGAAUCUUUUGAACGAGAAACCUAGAUCAAGCGGGGGAAGUUCAAGAGGAGGAAAUACAGUCAAUACUUCUAGAUCCCAGUCCAAUACUUCAACAACAUUCUCCGGACUGGAUCCAAAAAUGUUCACUGGUAUGGAUCCAAAGAUGAUGAGUAUGAUGGAUCCCAAGAUGAUGGCCGCUAUGAUGGAUCCUAAAAUGAUGGCUGCCAUGUACGGGAUGGAUCCUAAGAUGUUAGCCGGACUUGAUCCCAAAACCCUGGCCAGCUACGGCAUUGAUCCUAAGUGGUUUGAUCCUAAGGCUAUGGGAAUGGAUCAGAAAUCCUUCCAAGGAAUUGAUCCCAAAGCUCUCGGGCUUGAUCCUAAAAUGCUCCAGGGAAUGGAUCCCAAGAUGCUCCAAUCUAUGGGAAUAGAUCCCAAGUAUGUGAACAUGGAGCCUAAGAGUAGCAGAAGUAGUUCUCCUGCUACCUCCCUCCCAGCUACAUCACAGGGUAUGGAUGCAAAGAUGCUUGCAGGACUAGGCCUAGAUCCAAAGAUGCUCGCUGGUAUUGAUCCCAAAAUCUUGGCCUCUUACGGAAUUGAUGCUAAAAUGUUAGCCAGUCUGGAUCCCAAAACCUUCGGUGGGAUGGACAAACAAUCCUCAAGAAAUCCGGAUCCCUUGGCCGGGAUCGAUCCUAAACUUCUCGCUGCUGCGGGAAUAGAUCCAAAGAUGCUUGCCGGUAUGGACCCAAAGAUGUUGGCAUCUCUUGGCUUGGAUGCAAAAUCUUUGGCGGCAGCUUUAGAUCCCAAAAAUCUUCCAAAAUCCAUGGCUGGCAUGGAUCCUAAAAUGUUUGCCGGUAUGGAUCCAAAGAUGUUUAUGGGAUUUGAUCCUAAGAUGUUGGGAGGAAUGGAUCCUAAAAUGUUUGCGGGAAUUGAUCCCAAGAUGCUUGCUGGUCUUGAUCCCAAGAUGCUUGCUGGUCUUGAUCCCAAGAUGUUGGCAGGACUUGAUCCCAAAAUGUUUGGGGGAAUGGAUCCAAAAUCUAUGGCUGGAUUAGAUCCUAAGCUGAUGGGUGGAUUUGAUCCCAAGAUGCUGGGUGGUUUGGAUCCUAAGAUGUUGGCGAGCAUGGGUAUAGAUCCAAAAUUAAUGUCUGACCCUAAGUUCCUUGCAAGUUUGGGAAUGGACCCAAAAAUGCUAGCAAGCAUGGGUUUUGAUCCCAAAAUGCUGGGCUCUCUUGGUGGGAUGGAUUCCAAAGCCGCCGCCACAUCAAUGGGAAUGGAUCCUAAGAUGUUGGCUUCAAUGGGUCUGGAUCCCAAAACUCUGGCCUCAAUGGGGAUUGACCCUAAGAUGCUAGCUUCAAUGGGCAUCGAUCCCAAAAUGCUUGCCUCUAUGGGCAUGGACCCAAAGAUGUUGGCUUCAAUGGGAUUCGACCCUAAGACACUCGGAUCAAUGGGAAUGGACCCUAAAUCUCUAGCCAAUAUUGAUCCUAAGAUGUUCGGGUUCGACCCUAAAAUGUUCCAGAAUAUCGACCCUAAGACACUACAAAGUAUGGGCAUUGACCCUAAGCUAGCAAGUGACCCCAACCUGUUAGCAAUGUAUGCAAUGGGUAUGCCCGGUAUGAUGCCAGGUAUGGGCGGAGCUUCUAAUGGUCUGGGAGCAGGAACUCCGAUCCCUAGCUCCAGUAAGAGCGGAGCCCCUGCUAAACCUAAACCUGGUACCGUUGCUGCCGCACUACAGGAGAAGAAGGACAGCGAGAAGACGAGGUCGGAGCACAGCGGGGAAGAGAACAGCUGGGAGGCACAUGACAAGUCUGUAGAGGAGAGGGAGGAGGAGGAGAUGAGAAGAGGAUUGACAAGUGAAGAACGAGUUUUAUUACGUGAGAAAAAGAAAGAAAGAUUACUUAAAGAAGUUGAAACAGAUUCAGGUGAAGGAGGGGAAGGAGGAUUAAACCUGUCUGUAUCUAGACAUGCUGAGCAGGGUUCAACUAAACUCGAAGCUCUACUUAAUAAACCUAUGGACGACUCUACGGAGGCGAGACAAGUGAUGAACAACGGCGAACCUCAUGACGAGGCUUGAACUAGUUAACCAUGUACAUACCUUGGGUUGGGGUGGGGGCCCCGACCCUUGGUAUACAUUGCUGUGAUAUAACGAGAUCUUGAACUGUUGAGUUGAACACCACAUUUACACCCUAUGAUAUUGCUGUAUUCACCAGUUUAGUUAAUUCUGGUUUAAAACAUGUAGAAAACCAUCCUUCUCAUACCGACCUACAAUUCCUACUGUAUUUAUCAGGUUUCCGUUAAAGUACGCUUUCACAACCAAACCAUUAGAAUCCUGGAUCCUGUAAAUAUUGUCCCUUUGUCCAGGUCCUGGUUGAUGAUUAGAUAUACAUAAUAGUCCAGUUUAGGUUGAUCUUUGUAUAGUUUAACUUCAUCUAUUUCUUCUUCAAUAAACUUUAUUUGAAACCUA